AUGACAGCUCCGGAGUAAAUAAGUCAGUAUCUCUUCAGUGUCAACACUGUCAGGAAGCAGCAACGCUCCACUUGUACAAUUUGUCUCAAAACCUCAUCAUCACUGCAUCAAUUGCUAGAAGCUGCAGUGAAUCGUUGAGGAACAAUCUCUUCAUGCUCCUUAUGUGUCUCUCACAAACACUUUAGCACGGCAGCAUGAGCCGCCGGUCCGUUGGUCAAGAGAGCCCCACGAGAUAUCCCAACAAGAGGCAAGAACAGCGAGUUGGACCACCUGGUUCCGAGUCUGGGGACAGUGGUGCAGGGUCAUCGCUGAAUAAAACAGUCCGCAACAAACAGCAUCUGGAGGGGGUCCUGAAGAAGUACACUAAUCUAUUGCAGGGAUGGCAGAAUAGGUAUUUUGUUCUUGACCCCAUGGUUGGCCAGCUUGACUACUAUCGAAAUGAACACAGCAAAAGUCAGCGCCCCCCCAGAGGGUCACUGUCUCUACUUGGAGCAUUGGUUGUCUCCUGUAGUGACUUUCCUUAUAUGUUUGCCAUUCAGUCCUCGAUUGGUGAAUCCUAUAAACUUAGAGCAUCAAAUGCAGAGGAACAGGAGUUAUGGAUGACACAGCUACAGCUGUGUUCUCGGGUCCAGUUUGACAGAGGGGCUAAGGGGAUGACUGAGGCACAAGAGGGACAGAAGAUCCUGGUCAACUCCAAUGAAUCUCUGCCCCCAAGAGCUGGACCACUCUCCUCUCUGAAUGAUGAUUUACUCCUUUUAAAAGCUACUUCUGCAGCCACUUUGAGCUGCUUGGGAGAGUGCUUCACUUUACUACACCACAAUGUUCAGACACACAACCAAAACCAGAACCAUCAUUCAAUGAGUUUGAGUGAGACCGUCUCUGCAGAAAGAUUCAAGUCCUGGAAUCAGCGCUGCAGCUUUAGCGUGAACCAGGUGGAACCCAGCAGCUUCAAAUUGAGCAACCAAAGCCCAAUUCACUCUGUUAGUGAGAACCAAAGUCCCAAACAUUGCAGCUCCACUAGGGGACAAGAGAAGGACCACAACUACAUCCAAGGUCAUGCAGACAGUUCGACUGGAUGGAACAGAUCUCCUCAGAAGCAGAUGACAAAUGAUGUAUCAAAACCGGUACUGUUCAGUAACCACUCCCACCAUAUUGAGGGACAGCAGCAGACCGGCAUUCCAGACAGCGUGGAUCCCAGUGACGAGACCACAGACACAGAAGAAAACGAUGAUGAGGACCUGGGAGUUCUUGAUGAGCAACGAAGCAUCAUCCUCCAUCUACUUUCCCAGCUCAAACUUGGAAUGGACCUCACUAAGGUAGUGCUCCCUACAUUCAUCCUAGAGAAGCGCUCUCUCCUAGAGAUGUAUGCCAAUUUCAUGGCUCACCCUGACAUGUUCCUCUCCAUCACUACUGGAUCUACGUCAGAGGAGCGCAUCAUCCGCUUCGUUGAGUACUAUCUUACUGCCUUCCAUGAGGGCCGAAAGGGCGCAGUGGCCAAAAAGCCCUACAACCCCAUGCUGGGUGAGACCUUCCACUGUUCUUGGUGUGUGCCUCGGGACCAUGUUCGGUCCCUCACAGCUGCCAGCUGUAUGAGUCCCAAAUCAGCCGCCACCUUCACAUCUACGACUUCAAACAGCUCGCAGAGGGGGAAAGAUAGUUGCAGUGGCUUACAAUCUGGUUACCAGGUUCGUUUUGUGGCAGAGCAGGUGUCUCACCACCCGCCUGUAUCAGGCUUUUACUACGAGUGCAAGGAGAAGAAGAUGUGUGUUAAUACUCAUGUCUGGACCAAGAGCAAGUUCUUGGGCAUGUCUGUUGGCGUUUCAAUGGUUGGAGAAGGUGUACUGCAUCUGUCAGAGCAUGAUGAAGAUUAUGUGUUCACGUUGCCUUGUGCCUAUGCCCGCUCAAUUCUGGGUGUCCCUUGGGUGGAGCUGGGGGGAAAGGUCACAAUCAAUUGUGCCAAAACUGGGUACUCAGCUACAGUCACGUUCCACACCAAACCUUUCUAUGGAGGGAAAGUACAUAGAGUAACAGCGGAGGUUAAGCACAACCAGACAGGAAACAUAGUGUGCAAAGUCCAAGGAGAGUGGAAUGGGGUGCUAGAGUUUACCUACAGUAAUGGAGAAAGCAAGGUGAUUGAUACCGCCAAGCUGCCUGUCAUCAAAAAGAAGAUCAGGCCUAUAGAGAAGCAGGAACAAAAUGAGUCAAGGCACCUUUGGCAGCAUGUAACAGCAUCUUUGAGGGCAGGAAGAAUGGAUGACGCUGCAGAACACAAACACCGCCUUGAAGAAAGGCAACGCAGCGAAGGCAAACAGAGAGCUGCAACCGAAACUCACUGGAAACCCAAAUAUUUUAUCAAAGAGGGUGACGGUUGGGUGUACCACAACCCACUGUGGAAAGUUCAUUGAUCAGAAGCCAUGGAAGCAGAUCUCCAUCGCAGGAAACAAGUGGAAUGAUCGAAGCAGAGGGUAUGCCAUUAAAUAGCGAAAAGAGAAAGAGGACACCAAAAGCUUUCAGAAAAACUUAGGAUCAUCGAAUUGAGUCUUUCACACUGUUGAGAUUACUGUAAGUACCAGUGUAAAUCAGUGAAAUGAGACCCAGUGUAAGACCUUCAAUAUUUAUUGUUCAAAAUAACACAGUUGCAUCACUAUACAAUAUACUGUAGUGUAAACAACACUGCAUAAGAGAGCAACCUUUCUGGUUUCAUGCGUAAGUGCUUGUAUGAAUUUAAAAUAAGAAAUAACUCAGCCUGGUCUUUUGGUUCCACUCAACUCAUCCUCUGGUGGGUUUAAUUAAAACAUUCAUCUGAGGAAAGAUUACUACACAUUUUACGAAGGUUGGUUGAAGGGGGUGGGGGAGGAAACACCUAAGUUUUGUCGCAAUUUAAAUGUAUUUCCCCUCGUCGAAAACAGAUACCAUCAAUAACCUAAAAAACCCAUACAUAUACACUUGCCAAAUGUAUUAGCUCACUUGCUUUGACUCAAGUCACAUUCCAUUCUUCAUCCAUAGGUUUUAGUACCCUUUUUAGCUAUAACAGCAUCAACUCUUCUGGGAAGGCUUUCCAUAAGGUUUAGAAGUGUGUUUAUUGGAAUUUUUUUUUAUCAUUACCCCAGAGGUGCAUAUGUGAGGUGAAAACAUUGAUAUUGGACAAGAAGUCCUCGCUCUCAGUCUCUGCUUUAAUUCAUCUCAUUCAAGGUGUUCUAUCGGGUUGAUGUCAUGACGCUGUGCAGCCUCGUCAAGUUUAUCGACACCAAACUCGCUCAUCUAUGUCUUUAUAGACCUUGCUUUAUGCACUGGUGACAGUCAUGCUAGAACAGUCACAAGUCAAGAACACAGAAACACUCUGAAAGGCAAUGUAGGUGUAUAAGCACAGCCAAGUAACAAUAAAUAAAACAAUCAUGGGAAUGCUGGUGAGUUUCUUUUCCUCCAAUUCAUAUUCUAAGAUGAUUUCUUUUUCUGAACAGCCUCUGUAACUUGUUUUAAUUUGAAAUGUGGACAUUUCAGGGAAGUAUGUAAGAUUAUUUAUUUUUGCAUUGAUGUCUAUUUGUAUGGAGUGGACCUAUUUUAUUAUUUCAUGUUUGGGACUAUAAUAAUCAAACAGUAUUUGCAGAAGGAUAUGUUGUGUUGAGGUCAAGUGUAACAGAGAGUUGAGAUCACUAUGGUUGUUUCCUGUGGGGCUAUUGUGACGUUCUUUCACCCACGACCUUCGACUUUAGAUGCACUCACUACACCACUAAAGGGUCUUACAAUAUACUUAAAUUCGGCAGAUCGUCUCAUCGAGGUGGGGCGGCAGCCGGCCCAGAGCGACUGACGGAGGGACAAUAGACUGCCCGGUGGCGGUCGCGGGACGGGACACGGGUAGUGCGAAGCUAUAAUAUGCAAAGAUAAAAUAUCUUGUUUUAAUAAUAUAACCUUAGGAGGUUGUUAAAUUUGUCAUGGAAUGAAGGUCAGGCAGGCGGAGAAUUUCCACACUUUUUAAACUCUCUCUGGCAAGGUGGGGAAAAUGCACUGUCUUGCGAAAGAAACGUCACUUUUUCAUGUUAUUUCUGUAUUGCCACAUAAUGUUAUUUUUAGAAUAUGUUUUAGUAUAGCAAGGCAGCUCCCUUGCUCCCAAACACAGCCUUGAUGUAACCUCGAUAAAGUUAUCCCUGCCGCCUCAGUAAACACUAAAUACCGUAGCUAGAAAUACUGCUACAUUCCACAUAAAUUGUCAAACUUGACAGUCUCGACCACAGGUGUAAAACUCAAGGCCUGGGGGCCAAAUAAUUUCAUGUGGCCCGCGAAAGCAAAUCAUCUGUGUGAACUUCCAUGAUUCUUGCUCAAAUUCUCAUAAAAUAAUAACAAUAAAUACUAUUGUUGAGGCAUUGCAUGCAUUUUCUGUUUAGUUGCAAAGAAAACUUGAACAAUAGUUGAACAAACUAUUAUCCUGGACUUCUGAUUUCAAAACUAGGUAUCCAUCAAUUUGUUGUGUGCAUGUAAUAAUAUUAUGAGGUGACGAAACAUUUCUAUGGUUUCACAGUCAACGGGCCUCUGAGGGAAACCGUGACUACAAUGUGGCCUGUGACAAACAUUUGUUUGACACACCUGCAAUAGGGUGUCAUCAUUAAAAUAAUACAAACAUG